ACAGAAAUCAGAAUGAGCGAAUUGGAAUCGUCGAAUCCUCCCUGAUGCUCUCAACAGCCAGUGACUGUCAGUUUUGCUUGUUCAUUCAGUGUGUGUCAGACAUGGCCUGCAAUUUACACGAUACUACCAUCAGUUGAAGCAUACAUCUUAGAUCUCCAAAUUUCCUCUUACAGAUCUCCGUUCGCGCUAGCACCUUGUUGCUGAGGCUUGUUAACGAUGGCUACUACAGUUGCUGUUGCUGCUGCGUCAGCUAACAUUGCGCUGAAGCUUUCAGCGUCCCAAAAUGGAGUCGUUUCUUACUCUCGGGCUCCCGCUCUAGCCACGUUCGCCAGGGUCUCCAAGACGAGUGUUGGGGAGAAGCGGAGGAAUUGGGUGGUGAAGGCCACCUCUCCACAGGUGGAGGAAUACAAGGAGAAGGCCAACGAACUCGUCGAUGUCGCAAAGGCCAAGUGGGAGACGGUUGACAACAAGCCUCUGGUGGCUCUGUACGCUGGUGGAGCCGUGGUUGGCUUGUGGGUGACAUCCGCAAUCCUGGGAGCUCUCGACAGCAUCCCGCUGGUUCCAGGCUUCCUGAAGCUAGUUGGAACCGUAUACACUGGAUGGUUCGUCUACCGCUACUUGAUCUUUGAGGCUUCCCGUAAAGAGCUUUCUGACAAGGUGCAGGACCUGAUUUCUCAGAUUAAGUAAAGCCCCAGCUGCUUCUACAAAGCCAAGGGCGAAGUUACAGAGAGCAUCUUCAAAGAGUGGCACACACACGAUCAUGUGAUCCAGGCUGUAUAAAAUUCUCUAGAGUAAGCAACUGGACUGGAGUACAUUGUGGUCAGCUUCCAGGUGUCCGAUGCCACAUGCUGCAGCAUGCCCAGUUGUUUGUCUAUACCACUAGUUGGUUUAUAAGCUACUGGGUACAAAAAUAUUAAACCGGAGAGGGUACCCUGUGUGGCCAACUAUUAGUGACCAGAUAUAU